AUGAUGGGAGACGCGACGGGCAGCGACGCGUCGCUCAUGCAGACCAUGCUCCGAGGGAUGCUCCAGGAGACGUCGACCCAUCUGAUGGGUGAGCAGAAGAAAAUGCUUGAGAGACUCUGGGACGCGUUAAUGGGCAAUCAGCGAACGGCGACGCAGAUGAUGGGCGAACAGCUGGAGAUGAUCCGACAGCUCCAGCAGGAAACCCAGGCGGUCAAGACGCAGGCAGCCGAAGAGCUGAAGAAAUCAGGUGAGCUUAGACGCCUGCAUGAACAGUCUACCAGACAGCUGGGGGUAAUGCGAGAGCAGAUGAGCGAACAAAUUAGAACCAUGCGAGAACAGACUGCGAGAGACAUGGGGCAAUUGCGGGAGGAAGUGAUGAAGGAACUUACAAAGGAUACGUUAAAAUGGAGGCCGUUUUACACGCAAAACUUCUCCGCAGUUCUAAAGCGUAAGUUGGUAUACGCAAGCCGAAAUUGA